AUGCCGUCCCUCCGUCGUACCUACAGCUCGCCGUCCAUUCGCUCGUCGCCCUACUCCCGCACGCGUGCGGGCGCGUACCAGCCAAGGCGCGCGUCGGGCUCGGACACGCUCGGCAGGCGGGUUCUGGCCGACAUCGACUGGUGGAGGGCACCGGGCGCGCAGCACAACGGCCGCGACGCCCAGCCCGACGCGGAGGGGGACGAGAACGCCAGCGAGCCCGAGCGCCCGUUGGAAGAGGUCCUUCGCACGGCUCCACCGGAUGCGGACGAGCACGACGCGGUCCCUGCGACCGUCGCGGGCGCCGGCGAAGGCAGCGCAGAGUCGACAUGGCAAGCUGGCUUUGGCCUUGACCUGCGUCCUACCCUCGACUUGUGGACCACGGAGCCACCGUCACCUAUACCUCAGUUCUCAACAUUAUCCAUCAGUCCUCAGAGCCCUACGUUGACUGCGUCUUCACUCAAUGCGUCGCCCGAGAUGGCACGCGCGUCGUUGGUACCGGAAACGACGGGCGGGACACCCUGGGCUGUUUUGGGCUUGGGAUCACCCCGCAUGGCCAGUCUUAGCCCCUCAGCACGCUACAGACGCCCCCAGGCCUUGAUGCGCUCGGUUUCAGAGUCCUACGUAGACCUGCCGAGCCAACAAUGCGCGAUGCCCGAGUUCGGUCUCCAGCCUGAACGCAACGCGUCCAACGUAAGACGCGUUAGGCGUCGAUAUCACGCGUCUCGAUCACAUACCGGGGAUAUCCAGGCCGCCCCAGGACCUGCCGUUCACCUCGUUCCAUUGCAUCAACCACCAUCUGCCCCAGUACAAUCAUCUUUCUUGAACGCGCCACCGCGACCACAUGCCGUGCCAUUGCAUACCUCCGGUACCCAUCUGCCCAUUCCCCCGACUACAUCCACGCCCCCACGGCAUCCCGACGUCACCCAGCAAGACUAGAUUUCUCAGUUCAACCAACAAUUUCACGACACGCGAUGACCCCGUCAUGCACGCAUCCGCCCGUGUCUCGCUCCCAACCCAAUUCGCCCGCGCCGCCUUUAUCUUCACGAGCCCGCGCCUGUGCAUAAAACGAGCCCAUCUUCUCCACAUCUGUACACCUUAUGCAUCUCACGUCUGUCUACCUGCUGUCUCG